AUGGAAAGAGAGCACAGUUCUAAUUUCAAAUUUCCUCCAGAGAAGGCUUUGUAUGGGGAAGAUGAAUGGUAUUUUUUCAGUCCAAGAGAGAGGAAAUAUCCAAACGGAGCGAGGCCCAAUAGAGCAGCUGGAUCAGGUUAUUGGAAGGCCACUGGCACUGAUAGGCCUAUAGUCACUUCUUCAGGAUCAAAGAACAUUGGUGUCAAAAAAGCUCUAGUUUUUUACUCAGGAAGGGCUCCUAAAGGAAUCAAGACAGAUUGGAUCAUGAAUGAGUAUAGACUACUCGACGCAGCAACGACAAACCCCUCCAAAUCGAAAGGAUCCAUGAGGUUAGAUGACUGGGUACUAUGUCGAGUUCGACACAAAGGCAGCAUGUCCAAGAUCACAUAUGAAGUUCAAGACAGUUACAGCAAGGACCUGGUUUGGUACUUUCCAAAGAUGGAGGAAUCAUGUUGCAUAAAUGCAAAUUACAACUCAGACAUGAUCACCGACUGUUUGAACAAGGACUGUCAACUACUAGCUUCCAUACUUGCCGGGCAAACUUUACCUCCUAUUGAAACCAUUUCAGGUGUUAGCAACCAAGGGAGCAACAAGGAUAACGGUUUCACUUCAACUUAUGAAGAUAAUAGUGAUAAGUUGAAUUCGCCAGUGACAGUUUCUUCGUUCAGUAAUCUUAGCCCACUUAAAAGGAAACCUAAUGAGGAAGUUAGGUGUGACAAUCUCAUUUCAGUGGAUAAAAACCUAGACAGUGGCGAUAAAGUUGACGAUCUUCUACAUAGAGACAUGCUAUCCAGCAAUAAUUUGAACUACUACAGCCAUAACCAGUCUCAGUACAGCUUCUACAACCCUAACAUGUUUGAUCCAAUCAGUGGCUUUCUUGAGCUUAAUGAGUUCGCCUUCAUCGGUAAACACAUUCAAUAAUGAACAUUUUGCAGGAGACUUCUUGCAAAAAGUCUGAUUGUACGGCAAAACAUGUAUAUAUGCUGCAAAGGAGGAUAAGUUUCCAGGGGAAUGGGCA